UGCAUUUAGUCUCCUCCGCAAGAAGCUAAAAUAAAAAGAAAACAAUGCCCAUAAUGCCAGAGAACCCGGUUCACCUUCCGGCCGAGAAAUUGAGCGUCGGCUGCCCUGUUCUGGACCGCUUUCUGGGCGGCGGCAUCCCCUUCGGCUUCGUCACCGAGCUCGCCGGCGAAGCUUCCUCCGGCAAAACUCAGCUCUGUCUUCAGAUCGUCCUCUCCGCCGCAUCCCCUCGCUCUUGCACACCUUCCGCUUCUCUCUUUAUUUCCACCGAACCCCCCUUUCCUCUCCGUCGCCUCCUCUCCCUCUCCUCCGACACCGCUCCCCUCGACCACAUCUUCGUCCGCUCAGCCUUCUCUUCCAAGGAGCUAUUUGGUCUUCUCAAUCAUGUCGACAAGCUGCUCUCCCUCGUCCGCCUCUCUUCCGGCCGACGCGUACGAAUUCUCGUCCUCGACUCCGCCGCCGCCGUCUUCCAUACCGAUGCAGAAGAUGCUGUUCGUCGCUCUCCCGAGCUAUUUACCGUCGCCGCUAAGCUCAAGGAGCAGGCGAGAAGGUUCAAUCUUGCCGUCAUCGUUACCAACCACGUCGUCGAUGUCGUCGACGGUGGGUUCAGUGAUCUACGGGUAGGCAAUUACCUGAGUCUAUCUUCUUCGGGGAGGAAGGUUUGUCCGGCGAUGGGACUCGCUUGGUCCAAUUGUGUCAAUAUGCGGCUAUUCCUCUCGAGAUCUCCGGAGGAUGGAAAUGGGGAUACUGACGGGUGCGCGAACCUGCAGCGGAAAUUGCAGGUGGUAUUCGCACCGCAUUUGCCGGAAGGUUCUUGCGAGUUUGUGAUUAGAAGAGAAGGUGUCUUUGGGGUGGGUACUCAGGCCUUGAUUCCUACUUCACUCCAAUGAUCUCUUUCUUUUUUAUUUUUAUUUUUCGCAAACUGCAACUUUUUUGUCUGUUUUGUUUUUGCCUGUUUUUUUUUUAUAGAUAACGAGGAAGUUUUGGGCGCUUGAUUAUAUAAAUUCUUUUGACUAAAUCCAUAC